UAUAAAAGCCAGUUGGCUGGAGACACCACACCAGAUCAGAGUGACCCCACAGCCUGCUCUUCUCUGCAUACCAGGUCCAGCCUCCUUUGAAGCAUGAGUUCCUACCAGCAGAAGCAGCCCUGCACCCCACCCCCCCAGCCUCAGCAGCAGCAGGUGAAACAGCCCUGCCAGCCUCCACCCAAGGAAUCAUGUGUCCCCCAAACCAAGGAGCCCUGCCACCCCAAGGUGCCCGAGCCCUGCCAGCCCAAGAUGCCUGAGCCCUGCCACCCCAAGGUGCCCGAGCCCUGCCACCCCAAGGUUCCAGAGCCUUGUCCCUCACCAGUCAUCCCGGCACCAGCUCAGCAGAAGACCAAGCAGAAGUAAUGGGGUCCACAGCCAAGCUCUUGAGGAACCAACUACUGGAUGCUGAACCCCCACUUCUCCCAUUCUGAUUAUGAGUCCCACUUGCCUUGCAAUCAGCAUGCUGUCACCCUGAGUCACAGACCUUAAUUUACACACUAAAAACAUGCUAGAAGGCACGUUGAGACUCUAACCCUCUGAAUUAGGCUGAGGGUCUGGGUACCUUAGAACUUUAGCUAUCAGCUACUCAGGAUGCAUCUGAAGGGGGACUUGAGGUGAAAACAUGUGGCUCAGCUUUGUUCUUCCCUCAUUAAAUGUAUUUUCAAUUCUA